CUGUCAAUGUCAAAUUCAUUUUUUACCGAUCGCCAUCGCCACAUGUAACAUUUUCUAUGUUAUAAACUACAAAUUAAUAAUUCUUUACUUAUAAUAAUAAAUAACCACAAAAAUGAAACCUCUUAUGCUGCAAGGGCAUGAGCGUGCUAUAACGCAAAUCAAAUAUAAUCGUGAAGGAGAUCUAUUGUUCUCUGCUGCUAAAGACUCUAAACCAAAUGUCUGGUGGUCUCUAAAUGGGGAGAGGCUAGGUACGUUCAAUGGACAUGGUGGCGUAGUGUGGUGCUUGGAUGUAGAUUGGCAAACCAUAAAUUUAAUCACUGGCGGUGGCGACAGUUCGUGCAGACUCUGGGACUUAGAAACUGGAAAAAAUAUAGCAACAAUUAAAACAAAUUCUUCAGUAAGGACAUGUAACUUCAGCUUCAGCGCAUACCAAGCUGCCUACACCACAGACAAGGCUAUGGGCCAUCCUUGUGAGGUCUUCAUAAUUGACACAAGAACUAUUGACGAUUCAAUUUCCACUCAAUCACCUAUACUAAAAUGGGAGAUCACAGAUUCUAAAGUCACCUCAAUGGUAUGGGGUACUCUAGAUGAGACGAUCAUAACAGGCCAUGAGACUGGAGACCUUAUCCAAUGGGAUCUAAGGACUGGCAAGAAAGUACAUUCCAUCAAGGAGCACACCCAUCAAAUCAAUGAUAUGCAAUUAUCCCGCGAUGGAACCAUGUUUAUCACAGCAUCAAAGGACCAAACUGCUAAGUUAUUUGACACUAGCUCUCUAGAGCUACUAAAGGAAUACAAAACUGAGCGUCCAGUAAAUUCCGCUGCCCUCAGUCCAAUUCUUGAUCAUGUAGUCCUUGGUGGUGGUCAAGACGCUAUGGAGGUAACCACAACAUCAACAAGACAGGGUAAAUUCGACGCCCGAUUCUUCCAUCUAGUGUUUGAAGAGGAGUUUGGGCGUGUUAAAGGUCACUUUGGGCCUAUCAACAGUUUGGCUUUCCAUCCUGAUGGAAAGAGUUAUGCAUCUGGCGGUGAAGAUGGUUAUGUAAGAGUGCAGAGUUUUGAUCAGUCUUACUUUGAUUAUACUUUUGAUUACAAUAGAGACUAACCCAUAAGGGAAAUUUUGUUAUUAACUUCUCAUAUUUGUGAACAAUUUUUUGAAUUAAAACUAUAAUUGUCACAUAAAAA